AAUAAUAAUAAUAAUAAUAAUAAUAAUAAUAAUUAUAGUUAAUUGGUGGUGCAUUUCAGACCAACAUUUUUUAUCUUUGUAUUUCUUUUUUUUCUAGUGGUAACACAAUAACAUUGUUUGUAUUUCUUUUAAUGUAAAUAAUCGUUGUUUUGAAACACUUUUAUUGGUCUUCCUUUGUUUUUCGUUGCUUGUAUGGAACUUUGGUCUGAAAGAUACCACCAAAUAAUACAUGAUGUUUUUCUUGUUACAAUGCGUCGUACAGCGUUGGUCAUAUUAUUUUUUUGUGCAUUCACUUGUGAAUAAAUAAACCCCAAUUCACUUUUAUUUAAUAAACAUAUAAAGUUUUGGAAAAAUUUGUUUGUCCAGAAAAUAAAGCGAACUUCUAACGAUGCAACACGCGUUGCGGUUUUCAUGAGAACGGAAUCCAGUGUCGAAAAUAACGCUUUCUACAGGACCGAAAUUUGUAGAUAUGGCUUUGCUUUUCGACCUUACCAGUUAUUGGCCUGGAAUUGUCAAUGGUAUGUGUCAAUAAUGACAUAAAACAUGCAUUCGUGUGCUCAAAAAUGGCUUUUAAAAUACAAAACCUAGAACAGUUAGUCGGAAUUGCCCCACCAUUUAAAACACAAUUACAUCGGAAGUUGUCAAUGAAACGAAAAUCGUUAUCGCCAUCAAGAACAGUGUAUAUAGAAGUCAAAUUUUAUGUGCCCAUUCGGGUUCACACCAAGUAUCAACAGUGGCGCAAAGUUUUUGUGACUGUUGGACCCUGUUGGUUUUUUCUUGUGAAAAAGAGUAUCUGCUAGACUGAAGCUUUGAAGUUUUGUGCAGUUUCCUGGUUUGAAAGAAUUGCCUACCAUUCAGAAGUACAGUUCUCACGAGUUUGAUAACUUGAAAGAUGCAGUGAGAAAAAAGUCACCGUGCAAUGUGUUAGUUGGCGUUAUUGAAAAAAUAAUGGCUUUAAAAAAUGUUUUGGUUAUUAAAGUAGCUGAUGGCACUUGUGAAGCAUUUGUUCGUGUCCAGGAGUACUCCGACAAAUUAUCCAAAUAUAUCAGCUCUGGGGAUAUAUUGUACCUAAAAAAAAUAACUUUUGAUGAGGAUAAAAUGGGAGAAUUUGCCAAAAAAUCAUUGAUUUCGAAACAUUCAAACAUGGUGUUACCAUAUCCAGAGCAUUGGAAAAAAAUGUUUUAUUUCGAACAUUUGGAGGCACUUCAUUCGUUUAUCUACUGCAAUUAUAAUAUUGUUAAAAAUACAUCUGAUAACGACGAAAGCGAAUGGAGCAUCUUUUCCUUUAGCGAAAAAGAUCCAGAGUUCAUUAUCACAAUUGCAUCCGAUGAAGCGCCAGCGCACAUGGAGGAAAUGAAUUCAAUGCAGAAAGAUAACCUGGUUCAAAUUCAAGAAGAAGAAAGCACUUCGGAAUACGAGCCCAGCUCAUUGGAUAGUGAAUCAGAAAAAGAAAGAGAAGAUCAACAUCUUAUAAUGUAUCAUAAAGCUAAGAAGAGAAAACAGUCUGAUGUCAACAAAAACACUGCAACUAACAGGAAGAAUGGAAAAAAGGAGAGUGGGAAGAUGGAAACAUCAGACUCCGAAGAGGACAUCUUCUCUCAACGCAAGACAAAGAAACUAAGACAAGCAGAGCAAGCUGCGGAGUACCAGCCACAAGACAUUAUUUGUAAAAAGCGUGAAUUUCAACACCGCUUAAAAAAAAGGAAUGCCCCUCUUAGAAAAGUGAAAACCGAAUUGCAAUUGAAGAAGCAGAGAAAGAAAGUUGAAGAACUCGUUUCCCAACAUUUGGGUUCUGCUGAUGCUAUAACACAGCACUAUCAUGGUUUACAAAAAAAGUACUAUAUCUACAAGUGUUCUGUCUGUGGGGCGUUUGUGAGCGAAAAAUUAAGAAGACACUUACAAGAAAAACAUAAAUACUCAUGGUCGGAUGCCAGGCUACAGGAAACAAAGAUGCGUGUAUUUUUUCUGUGGUGCAACGCGACAAAACAUGAAACACAUUUACCGUUGCCGUGUAUGGAGUGCAGCGAAUGGCAUACGAGGCUAGAUCAUCAUCUCAAACGUCAUCCUUUUCAUAAACAGAUGUCUAUGGAAGAAAUAAAAGAAACAGUAGAGCAAGCUAGGGCUGAACAUUGGAGCAAAGGAUUUGGCCAAAAUGGCAGUAAAGUACCAAGUGAGGACAAAGUAACAGAAAAGUUUAAAUCUAACCUAAAUGUUGAGGCGGAUGGCGACGAUUUUGUGUCAAGAUCACAGCCAGUGCCUUUGCAACAUGAUCAUCCAAGUUUGGACUAUAUUCCGUCAGGAUCUUGCCGUCUCACUUCGUCCAAACGAAAGGAAUGGGGUGUAAAACCUGAUGAUUUUUUUAGUAUUUAUUUUUCCACAGCUGAUGACUUGCUAGACAAUUUUCAAGAAGAACUGCUACAGUCUGGCCAUACAAAAGACAACUCAACUCAACAUAGAAACCAAGUUGAAUUAAUAUGGACAUCGAUAAGCAAAGACCUCGUCAUGUUUCCUAUAAAUCCCCUUUCGAACAUGCAUUUGUUAAGGGAUUAUUACCAUCGGCCUACAUUUAAAACUAUUGGCAAAAAGGAUGGAGUGCAGGCGAGCACCUUGCGUGCACGUUAUGGAUCUUUAGGAAUGUUUUUACAGUACCUCCGACGUAACGAGAUUUUUGCUGGAAUGAGCAGAUUGCAGCUUUCCUCUCUUUCACAAUCUGCUAAUGAUUUCAACAAGCAGUUAAACCCGUUGGUGAAGCAGAGAAAGGUCGAAAUUAGAAAGAACAAGUGCAAGCAGCUGCUUCGACCAACGCAUUUUAUCAAGUAUGGUGAGAGCAAAUUUGUGCAACAUUUGAUUUCACAAGUGCAGAAGGGAGUUACAAAGAGGAGCCAAUUUACAAGAUCGUUUGCUAUUCAAUUUCGUGACUAUUUGAUCACCAAUUUAGUUAUUGGAAACGGAUUGCGUGCCUCUAACAUUAUCGAGCUGACAACAAAGGAUGUGGAUAAUGCUACAGUUGUGGAGGGCUAUGAAGGACAUAAAGUACUUUCCAACUACAAAUACAAGACAAGUACAAUUUAUGGCGAAAAAUUCAUCGUCGUAAAUGACAUGCUCUAUUUGCAACUUCAAUUUUUCCUUCGCAAUUUGAGAUCAAUAAUUUCAAAAAACCCUUCAUUAAAAGUUUUUCUUCCUGCCUCUGGAGCGCCGAAGAUGAGCCAAACAAAUGUGUCGGCAAGCUUAACGGCAAGUUUUAAACUUGCAAAAGUUUUAUUUCAAAAUGAAUACCAACGCAUUUCAUGUACAAGAGUGCGAUGUGGUCUGGCAACGUUUGCUUGUAACGAUGGCGGCUUUGAAUCAGGUUUUUUUGCGAAGCAUUUUAUGAAAAACAAAGAACAGACGACGGACAUGCACUACAACUUACUGUCGAAUCGCAGACAUGCGUUGAAUAUAGCCAUGAAGCUAUAUGCUUCUUUCAACGGCGUCGAUGGAGAGAAAAUUACGAUUGAACCAAAAGAUGUCCAUGAAAUAGCCGAUAAGCUUAAAAAAUCUUCCGGGAAUCUGAACAAAGAACAGAUACUUCGCUGGUUAAAAAGUAACGAUCCACAUGUCACCAAAAGCGAGUUGGCUGAUUUCGAGGAAAUGUUAGCUGAGUGUGAUCAAAAACCAAGCGGAAAUACUUCAAGUUUCUAUGGUGCUUCGCAGCAGGAGAAAGAUAUUGAUUUUAUUUCCGUUGCUAACUUGGAUGGUACUACCACAGAAAACGAAAAGCUAAGUAGCGAGCGCAGCUCUGAAGAUGGCGACAGUGAUAGCGAGAAUGAAAGUUUUGUUAAUUCCCACGAUGGCAGCUUAGAGGAGCAGUGGACAGAUAAAAAUGUUAAAAACAUCAGCAAAAAAGUUUCUACUAGGACGAAGGUCGAAAUAACAUCUGAUUCCAGUGGCUCAGAUAUAGACUGCGAUCAUCUACAGAGUGAUAUCCAGGACGUUCUGUUUCAAUAUGACCAAAGGCGACCAGGAGAUCUCAUAUAUGCACGACAAAGUGGUGGAAGGAUUGCCUAUUUGAUGUGUGCUCACUUUUGUGAGCCAUUGAUUAUCCGAAAGCCAUUUGAUAAUGAAUUUAGUGUCGAAACAUUUAAAGAUGAAGAAGUGGCUUAUUUUAUAAGUAAAAUUAAGAGCAGUAUUUUGCGCAAACAUCUGGAAAUGUUUACCCCAACGAGUGUUAAAUUUUUCGUACUGGCCCUAAGAAGAAAAUAUUGGUCUAAUGUUAAGCUUAAUUUCACAAAAUGGAAGAGAUUCAGAAAAGAAGGGUCUAGCAUGAUUCAAAUGUGUAAAGAUUACAAUGAUUUUUCUGUUACCUCGCCUGAGCAAAGAAAUAAAGAUAAUGACCUCCAUCACACUAGUCAAACCAGCGAUUACAAAGAAGAGUCAAGUAGCGCCAACCAAGACUUAUCGCAAAAAGACAAUGCCAAAUCUGUGGUCUGCGUCAAGCAAACGAAGAACUAUGAAUUAAGAAAGGCUACCGUCUAUGUACCACCAACAGUAUGCGACACUCCAUCAUUUAUGCAUGACCCAAACGAGGUGAAGCAACAGAAUCCAAAAGCAUCAGAGGUUCUCCAAUCUUGUAACGACCAUUUUACGCGUCCAAAAGAAGAACAGGCUUUGGGGGAUGAGCAAUGUUGCUUGACAAAUGUAGAUCCCUCAAGCAAUUUCAUUUGCAAAAAGAUCGACAGUUAUAUAGGCCAUGGUGUAUUUGCUUUAAAAAAAUUCAUACCUGGCGACUUUCUUCUCCAGUAUCCUGGAAGUUUAGUGACCGCGGAAAAGGGUGAUAAACUGGAAAAAUACUAUGAAAAGAAAGGAAAAGGAUGCUAUCUUUACUUUUUUAAUUACCAUGGAAAAAAAUUAUGUGUGGAUGCUACAAAAAACAAUCGGUUGGGCAAAUUUGUCAAUGACAGCCAGAAGUCCUACGCCAACAGCGUAAUGAAAGUAAAGACGUUUGGUGGGAAACCUUUUCUUUGCUUAUACGCAUUGAAAACUAUUGAGAAAGGUUCAGAGAUCAGAUAUAGUUAUGGCGAAACUUCUGGUCUGACUUGGCGAAAAAUGGCAAACUACAAAAGGCCAUUUUCCUUGACAACUCUGGGUAAGAUGGAUGAAUCAGUAGACGCCAACUUAGAGCUAUCACCUGAUCGAGAAUUAGAUUUAGGUUAAUGUUUCGUUUGUAUUUAAUGGAAGGUCCGUUUAUGUAAAUGUUAGAUUUCACUCUAUAUGUUUAGAUAACUACAGGGUCAGCGGACGUUAAUUUUUUCUAUCUCUUUAAUUUUUAAAUAUGCUACGCUAAAAGUAUUGAACGAUAUUAUUUUUAACUGCCAUUUUGUAUAUUGCGUGUAUAUAUGAUUAUACUCAUUACUGCGUAUCUAACUAUUAACUUUUAGUUGGUUCUUACAAACUAAGAUUUGGAUAGUUACAGUACUAUUUUAACCUAAUUUAGUGAUAAUUUCUGAUCUUUGGCGAAACUAUAGCGCUGUCCCUGUAAAUGUAUUUAUUCAAUCUGUAAUCAGUGUUGAUUUAAAGAUAAUUAUAGUUACGAAAUAAUUAGCUUGUAAUGGUUGCAAUGGUUGUUUUGAUUAUCCCAGUAAUAAUCCUUUGUAAACAAUUAUGCAAAACUGCACCAUUACUUUUAGUUCAUCUGUAGCCAAUUAUUGCUUAGUUCUUGUUACACGAUAAAUUAAAAGACACACAAAA